CUCAAGUACUCAAGCUCAAGCCCCUUCAUCAGUUCAACAUUCAUGUCACGGCGCAAGCUGAAUUGUGGAUGAAUAUCUAAAUGGCGGCUCUCGCUAUGCAUGACGAAUUUUCCCCGAAUUUGCUCGUCAAUGAUCCGAUGCGGAUCUACAGAGCCAAGCGCGAUGCCGCCAGGGCAAAAGUAACAGACAAAUACGAAAUCCUUGGCUUCAUCUCUUCUGGAACGUAUGGCAGAGUUUACCAGGCACGGAGUAAGGAAGGUGAAAAAAGGAUAUAUGCGAUCAAAAAGUUCAAACCCGACAAGGAAGGCGACGUUGUCACGUACACAGGCAUCAGUCAAAGUGCCAUCAGAGAAAUUGCGCUAAACCGCGAGAUAUCGCACGAGAAUGUUGUUGCAUUGGAAGAAGUCAUACUUGAAGAGAAGUCGAUAUAUAUGGUGUUCGAAUAUGCAGAGCACGACUUUCUGCAAGUCAUUCAUCAUCACUCUCAAACACUCAGGAACCCCAUCCCACAAGCAGUUCUUAAAUCACUCACUUACCAGCUGCUGAAUGGCCUUCUCUACCUCCACACGGCGCAUAUCAUCCACCGCGAUCUCAAGCCAGCAAAUAUUCUCAUAAACUCAUCCGGCGUCGUCAAAAUCGGCGAUCUAGGACUAGCACGCUUGACGCACCAACCUCUGCAGCCGCUGUUCGCGGGCGACAAGGUGGUCGUCACUAUAUGGUAUCGCGCCCCGGAGCUGCUGCUCGGCGCAAAGCACUACAACAAGGCCGUGGACGUGUGGGCCGUCGGCUGUGUGAUGGCAGAACUGGCGAGUCUUCGACCGAUCUUCAAGGGAGAAGAGGCGAAGCUGGACUCAAAAAAGAACGUGCCAUUUCAGAAGGACCAGCUGCUCAAGAUUUUUGAAGUCCUCGGCACGCCGGAAGAGAAAGACUGGCCUGGCCUCAAAGAUCUCCCAGAGUAUCAAAAUAUGAAACGUCUCGACAUCUACCAGAAUCGCCUGAGCGAGUGGUGCCAAUCGCGAAUCCGGUCUCCAGCAGGCGUGGAUUUGUUGCGCGAACUCUUCGCGUACGACCCCGACAAUCGGCUGUCAGCAAAGGAAGCUCUCCGGCACAAGUGGUUCCAGGAGGACCCGGUCCCCACUCAUAAUGCUUUCGCCUCGGUUCCAAACUCGCAGUAUCCACCCAAGCGGCGCAUCACGCACGACGACGCGCCGUCAAUGAUACCGCUGCCACCUACAACAUCUCAGCUCGGGCAGGUGCAGGCUCAGGCACAGGCCCAUUUAUCGCAACAAUUGUCACACCCACAGUCGGGGCGCGCUGGCAGCGUUGCGAGUUUCGCAAGCCUGAGCGGUGGCGCGGCGGGCUUGGGCAGCGGUCACGGUAGGAAGAAAGCACGGUUGGGAUAAGGGUGACAUGCUUGCAAGGACUAAUGCUACUAGUUGGAUGUCAUUCUCUAUCUCCUUACAGCGGCUACAUACUAGACGGACGGCUGUACGUAUAGCUUAUACGGAUGUACAAUAUGUUGCAGAUUCAAGACAGGCAUGGGACAGUGACAGUGGAAAGU